GGUGCCCCCACCUCAUGGAGAAGGUUGGCAAGGUGUGGAGCAACCUUAAGAAGGGAUGUCAAUCUCUGCUCCACACAGAUGGGGGUUCUCGAUUUGAAACGCCACCACAGCUUCAACCGCAAACAGACACAGUAUGCCAGAGUGUGGACAAGGCCCAGGGAGACAACACACUGGAGGCUGCUAGUCCUUCUAGCAGUGUGGCGGCACUCCCUCUAGUAGUAUGGAGGACCGGUGGGAGUGUGACACGACAGGGCCAUAACUGUGUAGUGGAUGUACCCCAGAUACUAGAGAUCACAGUCGAGCAGGAUACCGAAGAUGCUCGUGCUCUCUUGGGAGCCCGCAGAGACUCUUACUCACGUCAUGCACCUUGGAGUGGAAAGAAGAGACACUCAUGUUCCACUAAGGCUCAGAGUUCUCUGGAGACCACAGAUCGGCGAUCAGGCCGGUCUCGGCGCAGACGUGGGACUGGUAGCAGCCGUGAGGAGCUGGAGUCAGGGGCAGCACGUUCCCUACGGCAGCAGAUUCAUGAUACAGUGGGCCUGUGCCUCCCACUGCGCUCAUCCUCUCGGAACAGUCACCUUCCACCACCCAAACGUAAGAUACAAAUCACAGAGCUGAUGCUGGAGACAUGCCCCUUCGCACCAGGAUCAGACCUUGCUCGAAAAUGGCACCUCAUUAAACAGCACACAGCACCAGUCACAAUGACACCAGUAGAUUCAUCCUCAGAUGCUUGCGGUGCUACCUGUGCAUCGCCGGAAGAUGAGGAGGAGCGCUUGAGAGAGAGAAGACGACUCAGCAUCGAGGAGGGUGUUGACCCACCUCCAGAUGCCCAAAUCCACACAGUGGAGGCUAUCACAGCCCCUCUGGCUUCCCUUUAUAAACUGGGACCUAAGUUGGCCCCUGGAAUGGGUGAGGCCCUAGGCGAUAGCCGGGGGGCAACAGCAGCUAACUGUGACUCUGAGGACGACGAUACCACCACUCUUUGCUUGCAAGCUCGCAGGCCCAAGCAGCGGCACGCUUCGGCUGAGGGCCUCCUGAGCAGCAAGCAACCGGGCCCUUGGAAAGUACACACUCAGAUUGACUACAUCCACUGCUUGGUUCCAGAUCUGCUACAGAUCACAGCACUUCCCUGCUACUGGAGUGUGAUGGACCGUUAUGAGGCUGAAGCCCUGCUGGAUGGUCGGCCCGAGGGAACCUUUCUCCUGCGAGACUCGGCUCAAGAAGACUACCUGUUUUCCGUUAGCUUCCGUCGCUAUGGCCGUUCGCUGCACGCACGCAUUGAGCAGUGGAAUCACAACUUCAGCUUUGAUGUGCACGACCCUUGCGUAUUCCACGCAGCCACUGUCACAGCUCUCUUGGAACACUACAAGGACCCUAGCGCUUGCAUGUUCUUUGAGCCAUUGCUCACUGUGCCUCUGCACCGGACCUUCCCAUUUGGCCUGCAAAGCCUGGCUCGAUCAGCCAUUUGCAAUGGGAUCACCUACGAUGGCAUCGGGGCACUGCCAAUGCCCCCUGCUCUGCGGGACUACCUCAGGGAGUAUCACUAUAAGCAGAGGGUGCGCGUACGCUGGCUUGAGAGGGAGCCAGUCAAGGCCAAGUGAGGCAGGGCAGAUACUUCUCAGCUCUCCAACAGGAGUAGUCCAUUAAGCACUUUGCAGAGGUGGAGGAAUUCAUUUUUUUUUUUUGUGGAGGGGAAAGGGUUAAAAGGAGGGACCUGAAACUGAACACUAUAAAAGCUUCUAUCAUUUUUUGCUAUCACUCUAACAAACAAAGAAUUUACAUAUACAGUGGCUCUCCAGUGUGCACAUUUCACUACAGCUUCUGGACUAGGAAGAAGCAGCAGAGGUCUUAGUCUCCUUUUUCCUUCUCCCUCAGUUCCCAUGGCUGUGGGGGAAUCUGCAGAUACAGAUAUUUUCAUGCCCCUCCACUCUUUCACUGCUUGACUAUGUGGUUUAUAGCCAUUUCACUUUAUUUGUGUUGUACCAUUCACCUGUUUUUAAUUCCCUUGCAUUAAAUAUGCAUUGUUAAUGUUUAUUCAAAGUAACAUUGCGGACAAAUUGAGGGGAGGGGAAAUGAAGGGUGAUGUUCAAAUAUUGCUUUCCCAGCUUCUUUCAUCAUCCUUAGCUUUCAUGGUGCUCUGUCAGUGGUUCCUAUGGUAACAUUCUGCGCUCAUUCCGUUGUUAAAGGGGGGAAGCAUUCUAGAGCAGGACACAGAAAGGCUUUCACCCUGCUCAUUGAGAACGAGACGGAGAAAUCCAUGAAAGAAAGAUUGACCUUAAACUAUGCGUCCAGACAGCUUUUGGGAAUGCGUUGCAGUGGAGAGAAAGGUUCUGUGGCGUUCUGCUUCCGGGAAGCGAUAAGAUAAGGAUGAUAUGCACAACGUGACGCGAU